AUGGCUGGCAGGUCUGAGAGGCGUACCCUUGGCGACCGCGAGGACCCAAGGCUGGCCAAAUUGGCUUUCAAUGCCGGGAAUUUGAGUGCACUUGAUCUACUGAAUGCUGGAAGCGGACAAUGGCAGGUGCGCACAGUGAAGCGUGGCUGGGCCACUUUGGCACCUGCGUUGCAGGCGGCUUUGACUCAAGCGAUGUCGCAGAUCGAGGAUCGAGUGGAGAUCCUGAUUGACCCUGACACCAGGACCUGGGUGCGUGAUGUUCACCACGUGGACGCGGUGCCCUUUUAA